AAACUAAUUACGAGGAAACGCUGUUUCUUCUCCGUCUCCUCCUUUUAUCUGUUGAACAGAAAACAAUAAAUUGAAUAAAGAGAAGAUUUAUCCAGUGUGCCUGAGAAAGAGAAAACGCGCCCUCGAUUUGUGUAAUUCAUCAAACCUUCGAUCUACGGUUGCGCCACUCACUCUCACAUAAAUCUCAGGAAAAGAAGAAGAUAUGGAGAAAGCUAUAUUAAUAAGAGCUUUAUAUCGUUCAGCCAUUCGCAGAUCCUUAGGUUCCCCUACCGUCAUUGGAAGCACAUCAACUAACAUCAACCACUACCUCACCCAGGGUAACCGAUGUUUACAUCUCUCUGCGACUGUUAAACGGCUUUCUCCAGAUAUCCGCACCCCUUUCUUAAUGACGAUGAACAUUGGAAGAACACGUUCUUUCAGUGAUGACGUGACUCACAUGCCUGCCAUAAAUGAUGCUGACAUAAAAACCGCCAUCAAGGAUCUAUUGGCUGCAGAUUGGAGUGAACUUCCAAGUGCUGUCACUAAGGAUGCAAAAAGGGCAUUGUCUAAGGACACAGAAGACAAGGCUGGCCAAGAGACUUUGAAAAAUGUUCUUCUUGCAGCUGAGGCAGUUGAGGAAUUUACAGGAAAGCUUGUAUCCCUGAGGAUGGAAAUUGAUGACUCUGUUGGAUUAAGUGGCGAGAAUGUGAAGCCUCUACCAGAUCUAUUCUCCAAAGCAUUACUGACUGCUUUUCAACGUUACAAUGCAUAUUUGGAAGCUUUUGGACCUGAUGAGGCUUUUUUGCGGAAGAAAGUAGAAAAUGAGCUGGGGACGAGAAUGAUACACUUGAAAAUGCGGUGUGGCGGUCUUGGUUCUGAAUGGGGAAAGAUCACAGUUCUUGGGACUUCUGGGCUUUCUGGUUCUUAUGUUGAGCACAGAGCAUAAUUUCAGGGGACAACUGAAAUGUCGGUGUCUUGAAAUUUGUUCUCUAAAAGAAAGACUAUCAUGUGGCUUAUACUUGAGCCAUGACGAUGAUGAUAUAAUUGCUAUCCUUUAGUUAUAAUAAAGUGCUGUUCUGUCUGAUAACAGAUCAUCUGAUGAUCUUUUGGUAUAAAGUUCAGAAACAUCUGAAUGAAAAUAUUUGGUUGGAACUUGGAAGCAUUAGUUCGAAAUAGUAAUUCGAAAUGUUUUGGAGGUAGAUUGCUCCAAGAAAAUGAUUUGUGAAGGUGGAUUGCAUUAUAUGCUAAUGUAUCAUAAAAAAAAACCUAUGUUGUUUGUUUUACCUAUAUAUAUUUGUUAGAGGUUAGAAUGUUA